AUGGAGUACUUGGUGCGCUUUGCGCAAGUCCAUGAGUCUUUUCGAAGACCAGAACUUGAAGCUCUUGCAAUUGUGGCUGGUGUGGACUUGGAGGUCAUUGAAUAUCAUGAGGAAUCCCCUUUCUGCGUUAUCAAAGUUCCGGAUGAGAAAUCAGCGCGGGACCUGGUCUCCCGUAGCAUACUAGUAAAAUCCCUCUACGAGCUUUGGGGAAGAGGCCAAAACUAUGAAGAAAUGCACCAAGACGCUCAGCGACGUGCCAAGUUUGAAAAGCCUGAGUACAGGACUUGUUCAUUCAAGUUCGAUUUUGACUCCUAUGCCGGGAAACGGUCAUCCAAGGAGAAAAUCCCCCUGAUCCAGUCCUUUGCAUAUAUGGGGCUUGAAGGGCCAAUUAUAAUGGCCAAUCCAGAUGAGACGUUUAUUGUCUUUGAGCUAUAUGACCGUCGUAUACCUGUGGCUAAGCAUAAAAAAGAUGCCGCCGAGCCAUUGCGGCUGUAUUUUGGCAGGUGGUUAGCUGAUGGCGCCAGAGAUGUGGUAGACAGAUAUGAUUUGAAAAAAAGGAGUUAUAUAAGUACCACGUCAAUGGAUUCGGAAUUGAGCUUGGUAUCGGCCAAUAUCACUCUUGCUGCCCCAGGGAAAGUGUUUUACGACCCUUUCGUUGGAACGGGAAGUUUCUGCGUCGCGGCAGCACAUUUCGGGGCCUACACGUUCGGCUCCGAUAUUGAUGCACGGAGUUUUAAAGGCCAAAAGGAGGAAGGGAAGCCCAUUGGGGUCGUGAGGAAUAUGCUGCAAUACGGACUCGAGGCUAAUUACUUGGAUGCUUUUACCUCUGACUUGACGAACACGCCGUUCAGAGACACAUCCAUAUUCGAUGGGAUCAUAUGCGACCCCCCUUAUGGCAUCCGUGAAGGUUUGAAAGUCCUUGGAACAAGGGAAGGAAAGAAUAUCGGGCCGGUAUACGUAGACGGAAUACCGACCUAUACCAUGGAAGGCUACAUUCACCCCAAGAAGCCUUAUAGCUUUGAGGCCAUGUUGGAUGAUAUCCUAGACUUUGCAGCACGAACGUUGGUUCCGGAUGGCCGACUUUCUUUCUGGAUGCCUACCGCAAAUGAUGAAGACGUUGAGCUAGCUAUACCCGCAAACCCAUACCUGGAGCUGGUUAGUGUUUGCGUUCAACCAUUCAACAAAUGGUCUCGGCGCCUACUCACAUAUCGUAGAUACCCAGAAGGCGAAACCCCAAAAUAUGAACCUCGCAUCAAAGAGGCGCCUACUGGUACGACGGCAGACGAGUUGAACGCCUUCAGGAAAAAGUACUUUCAGCGCUUCACGCCUAAACCCAACAAUUCCUCAACCUCGUAA